AUGGUCGAAGUCGAGAAGCUCUGGAAAAACUGUCUAUUGGAUACCUAUGACGAAAACGAUGAAUCCGACUACUGUAGUGAUAGCAAUGAAUAUGAGGUCACCAUUCCUAAUCCGAGUCUGCAAUGUUCUAAUAACAAUCAGAGCAGUCCUAUUAAUUCAGAGAGCUUAAAUCUUCCCAAAAAUACUGCAAUCCCAUGGACCCAGCCAAUUUCGUCACCUACCUUACCCAUUCAGUCUCAGCAAAACAAUCAAAUUGCAGUGGUUCUGUCUCGUGAAGAGACUCUUGUCAGGCUGAUUGAAAGGACUCAUUACCCCAUCAUGCAAGAGAAUGGCCAAAGACGCUACGGCCCACCUCCCGACUGGGUAGGACCUGCUCCUGCUCGUGGUUGCGAAAUUUUUAUUGGCAAGAUUCCACGCGACUGUUUUGAGGAUGAGCUAGUCCCAGUAUUUGAAACAGUUGGCAAAAUCUACAUGUUCCGUCUUAUGAUGGAUUUCAGUGGAUGUAAUCGUGGAUACGGUUUCUGUAUCUACACUAAUCGUGACGACACGAGAAAAGCCGUCCAAAAACUUGACGGUUACGAAAUUCGUAAGUCAAAAGCUCUAGGGGUCUGCUUCUCCGUUGAUAACUGCAGAUUAUUUGUCGGUGGAAUACCAAAGACUAAAACCAAAGAAGAAAUAUAUAUUGAAAUGUCGAAGGUAACUGAGGGGGUUAGAGAUGUGAUUGUAUAUCCCAGCGUUGUGGACAAAACCAGAAACCGCGGCUUCGCUUUCGUUGAGUACGAGAAUCAUAAAGCUGCUGCAAUGGCCAGAAGGAAGCUUAUUCCAGGCAGAAUUCAUCUCUGGGGACAUCAGGUAGCUAUUGACUGGGCCGAGCCGGAAAGGGAAGUAGAUGAAGACGUUAUGUCGAAGGUGAGAAUAUUGUAUGUUCGCAACCUAAUGCUGCAUACUACAGAAGAGGCUUUGAGAGAUCAGUUCAAUCUUGCUGCGGGGUUCAAGAAUGCUGUUGAACGUGUAAAGAAAAUGAAAGACUAUGCCUUCAUUCAUUUUACAGACCGAACUUUAGCUGCUAAUGCUUUAGCGGUAAUGAAUGGUUACUAUUUGGAUGGCUCUAGAAUUGAAGUUAGUUGGGCGAAACCUGCUGAUAAAACUGAGGCUCUUCGAAGAUCAUUAGAUCAAGGAGGACUACUGAGUCUUCUCAAGAACAUACCCACGGAUUCAUUUAAUUCCAAUGCAUUAUCACUCCAAUUCCAACAACAGCAAAGUCAGCAACAAUUACUACUCAAUUCAUUAAUGAGAAAUACAGAUGGGGCACGGUCCUCUGGAAUUUCCGAGAACGAUUCGCUGAAUCCAUUUCGAGACUGCAUUCCACAGAAUUCUAAUGAGAGGAUUUUGCGUGAUGCUCUUACGCUUUCUCGAAUUCUAGGGGAUUCAACGGGUAUUAAUGUAAAUAAACCUCAGAUAUCUACCAAUAUGCAGUUGCUUCGUAACGAACAGCCAUCUACUACUCCUCAGCAGAUAAAUGACUACAUGCAGUAUCAAAAGCAGCCAGAGAAGGAGGGUGACAGAUUGCAGAGAAUUUUGGCUGAAUUAAAUGCUCGUAUACAAUUGGAACGCCAAAGGCAAAUCCUUUCCUUCCAGGGCCAGCACUUGGUUGAUCAAACUUUCUGUCAAGGUGAUUUGUUCACCAACACCAAUAAUUUAACAUCAGUCCUGAAUAGAUUAACAUCAAGGCCACAAGUGCAUCAACCAAUGAGUAUUGGGAUUCAAGGGCAACAAAGCGUGUGGCCAAACCUUACAGCAAUUCAGAGUAGAGCUCAACAACAAGUAAAUCAAAACCACUUUUAUUCCGAUUCAUAUCGGCCUAUGCUGUUUAAUACCGCAACUCCUAAUAUGGACAAACCGAAUAGAAUGAACACCCUGGAAAUUCCGCUCAAUAAGGCCCCAUUAAAUCAAGCUCUCACUCAAAUGUCCUGUGUAGAUAAUCUAGGUUCAGAAUCCAUUAUGAAAUGCGACAGAAACUAUUGUAAUUAUGGUCAAACUGAUUUGCCUAUUACAACAAACCUGAAUUCAAAUUUUGAUUUCACAAAUAAUCAAUUUUUCAAAAACGAUUACAAUAAAAUUAAUCAACUCGCUCCAUCGACUUAUCGAGAAGUCAGUCCAAAUCUCUUCUCAAAUUCCCAACCACAGCUGAGUCUGAUUGAGAGGCUUCGUAGACGACAAGCGGCACUCCAAGAUCUUCCAAAAGACUUAUAUGAAACCUUGCCACCUCAAACACCACAGGGACCUGAGGACCAAUUCUUCGAUGAACCCAAUACCCCUUCAAUUUUCUCAAAAAUUAACCAUCUAUUUGAGUUCACGAAUGAUCCCUUUUCAAUGGGUUUCCGCGAGACUAUGUCAAAUUCUUCGAUCGAUGUUCCUGAUUUGAAAUUUUCUGUUGAUAAACUAAUCAUGGACGAUGAACAGAAAUUUCCACCAAGCAAUGCCUUAAUUUAG